AAAGCAUAGGAGAACGGCAGACAUGUUCAUUGUUUCUCAAGAAAACGCUAUUCAUAACUCCGACGCACUCGAAAAAUCGGGGGCGUUUAGCAGACUAGAACUGACACAAAUUGCACAGAAGCGCGCGCACUUCGAACAUGCAAUACGUCGCAGGGCAUUGGUGAGUCGCUACGUGAGAUACAUAAAAUUUGAGAAAGAUCUACACGACUUGUACAGCGCUCGAAUGGUCGAACAUUCAAAACGGAUGCGAUUUUGCGGUGGUGAAGUAUCGAAAGGCAUCAUUCGAAUCGUUUACACUUUAUUCCAGCGAGCUUUGAGUAAGUUCCGAGGGAAUGUAGGCCUUUGGCUAGAGUUGACAACUUUCUGUUAUACUCACGGUAGCCAGCGGUUGCUUUCUGAAGUUAUAUCCCAUGCACUUCAGUUGAAUCCAUCGUGUUCUGGACUCUGGUCUUUCGCAUCUUUGUGGGAAUACGAGAAGAAGGGGGAUGUGGCAGCAGCACGUCGUUUAUUCAUGCGCGGCUUGAGAAUCAGCAAUCAAAGCAAAGUGCUUUGGAUCAGUUUUUUUCGGUUUGAGAGUUCGUAUCUUAGCUCUCUCUGCUCUCGAAGUCUUUGUCUAGGUUGCAGCGAAAUAAAAGCGAUCCCCGUUUCUACCUUCAUAUUCAAAACUGCUGUCGAGAAUCAUCCAGCUGAUUUCACGUUCCACUUGCAGCUGAUUUAUGCAGCCCUCGCACUUCAGGAUCCCGUCAUCAGUUGCGAAGUGGCAUAUUCAAAAUAUAGAGUCGCAAUCACAAAACCAUGUUUUGAGCUCUUGUCUUCCAAAACUAGGCCUAUAUUUGAUAGUACGUUCUCCACGAUUGCGUCAGGGUUAUUGGAGAAAAUUAUGGUGAAAGUGAAGAACAGAGAGAGAGUCAACGACCUCCGCCAACUUCUCAGGCAGUGAGUGAAUGCGUGCACUUUUCUUCUUUUUUUAUUUAAAUAGUUGUCUGAGCCCCUUUGAAUCCACUGACCAUAACCUACGGACACUGUGUGCUUGGCAUCGGCACAGCACAUGUUGCCAUCAGAUUCAUAAUGACCUGCCUGUUGUACCUGACUCCAGGGGAGAAGUGCUUGCACAAUUCUUGUGUGCAUUUUCUGGAAAGAUUUCUGUGGCAAUCUCCUUAUCAGAAUCAUACUUCCGGAAGUACUAGGCCCUAGGUAGGCCCUACAGUACGUGUACGUGUAGGCUGUACAUUUAAGUGUCCUUGAAAUUUAGCACGAAUCUUAGAGAUUAUUAUAGCCCUAAUGGGACAUACCUUCGUUCGUU